AUGAAAGCCAUCGGAAGCGGCGGCGAGUGGUGGUGGAACCUCCCGUCCCUCCGCCGCAAGAACGACUCGCGCCGCCGCGGCCGCCGCAACCAAGACGCUCGCGGCCGCCGCCGCGGGCCCCCGCGGGAGCCGCUCUCGUCGUCGUCGUCGUCGGACUCCGUCGGCCAAAGCCGUGGCUGGCCCCUCGACUUCCCGUUCCAGCAGGCCGUGACCGCCGCCUGCCUCACCCUCACCGGCGACACAAUGGCGCAGGUCCACCGCCGCAUCGUCGACCGCCGGAAACGCGGCCCCGAACCCGACAGCAAGGCUCUUGUGCCGGAUCUGUUGCUCAACCACGAUUGGCUUCGUGGGCUUCGUAUAGCAUCUUACGGAUUUCUUCUCUAUGGUCCUGGCUCAUAUGCAUGGUAUCAGUUUCUCGACAAAAGCAUGCCCAAGCAAACACUCGCGACUCUGUCCGCUAAGGUCCUACUGAACCAGAUUGUUCUUGGUCCAUGUGUCAUCUCUGUAAUUUUUGCCUGGAAUAACUUGUGGUUAGGAAAAUUGUCAGAAUUGCCAUCGAAGUAUCAGAAUGACGCCCUUCCCACUCUUCUCGAUGGGUUUAAAUUUUGGAUUCCAGUAUCGAUUGUUAACUUUGGGGUGAUUCCUUUGCCAGCUCGUGUUGCCUUCAUGUCCUCUUGUUCCAUCUUUUGGAACUUCUAUUUGUCGACCACAAUGAACAAAUGA